AUGAGAAACCUGACGAAAAGAGCGCUCGUGGUCAUCUUUCCCGGAUUCAAUAUCCUCGAUGUGAGCGGUCCGGUUUCGGUACUCUUCAACUCGGGCUUCUCCGUGAGCUAUGCUGCUGAGGAUGAGCUCACAACAUCUCAAGAGAACGUGACAGUUAAGAGAGACAUAUCCCUUGCUGGAGCCAAACUUCAGCUGACCGACUAUGAAAUAUUGAUCGUCCCUGGCGCACGACCAACCAAUAUUCUACCUUAUAUCGAAUCCCAGCCGGGGCAGCCAUCGGAGCUUGUUGAAUUUAUCACCAGUUUUGCAUCAGACAUGGAUGAAGAGGGCGCACGACAACGUACCAUCUUAGCAGUCUGCAUCGGAUCCUAUUUCUUAGCUUCUGGAGGCGUGCUUGAUGGCCUCACUGCGACCACACACCGUCUUGGCAUCCCUGGUCUACGAGACGAAGUACAACGUUAUAUGAAUCGUACUACCGGUGCGAAGGGGGCUCAAGUUGUUCCUGAAGAUCCCUCGGAGCUGGUUUCCUAUCUGGAUGCUGGCCGGAACCAGUUCGGAGUCAGAAUCAUCACGACAGGUGCUAUGAUAAAUGGCAUCGAUGCCGCAUUGCAUUUUGCUAGUCUUAGUGUGGGUCGAACAAUUGCAGUUGAGGUCGGGGAGCUCAUUGGGCAUAGUUGGAAGGAUGCAUAUAUGUGA